UAAAAACAAUCUUCUCGUUCGUUUGUGUACACAUUCAAUUGCAAAGUAUUUUGAUUGAAAAUAACUAAAAUGGAUAGUUUUAUGGCCGCCAUUCAACAGGCGGCUCUGCAGCAACAAAUUUGCAAUGCAGCUAACAUGAUGGGUAUGCAGUUGCCUUUCCCAUUUGGACAGCCUGCGAAUUUCGUUGGCGGUGACUUCGGAUAUGGGCGAUCAGAAGGAGCACCAUUGCACCCUCAAAAUGAUACAGAGGACCUAGAUGACGAAGAUGCAGAUGAUGAAGAGCAAACUCGCACUUUGUUCUGUAAUAACCUGGACGAACGCGUAACUGAGGAAAUACUCUAUGAAGUAUUUCUGCAAGCAGGUCCCAUAGAAAGCGCGCGUAUACCACUGGAUAAUACUGGACGUCAACGUAAUUUUGGAUUUGUUACAUAUCAGCACAAAUGUGCAGUGCCCUUUGCCAUGGAGCUCUAUCAAGGACUUGAACUGUUUCAAAAGAAAAUCACAAUCCGGCAGCAAUGCCCAGAUAAACCUAAGCAACCUUUUAUUGGACAAGGACGGACACACAAUCCGUUUUCUCAAGGAUUUGCUUCUCCCGCCCCACCAAUGAAUACCCACGCAGGUCCACGUAAUGCUCGUCACAGUAUGCACGAUGGAAAGCAAUUCGACCGCACCGCUGGCGCUCAAAACAAAUAUAAUAAUGAUAUGCGGCGCCGCAGCGACAGUGCCGUCAUGGACCGCAAACGGCCAAGACCACAUCAGCAGCAACAACACAACAACAGUGGCGGCAAUCGAAGGUCUGAUCAGCGAUAUAUCAACGGAAAAAGAUUACUGUAGUGUGUGCAUUAAAUUGCAUAAAGUUCGUGUUUAAAUUUAUUUUAUUAGUCUUGAAUAUACAAAGGCGUAAAUGUAUUAUCUAUGAUCUAUUGCGUUCAAAACAUUGACCAUAUUUCAUGAUUACGAUUACGGGCUUGUGCUUUCACUGUACAUCUAAAGUUCUUUAAAAUAAGGUAAUCUUUAUAUACAUAUAUCCGUAUAAAUUAAAAGAUUAACGGGUAA